AUGGUGGGCGGGGGGUUCUCCAUCGGCGCCGCCCUCAUGGGCGCCAUCUCCUUGACGGUGCCCAGGCCCUUAAUAUUCGAUCCGACUAACAUCAUCUACAGCUUCAAGCUGGGCCUGGAUGGUGCCGGGGCAAACGAAGGAUAUGACCUUCUGCGGGGUGCCGGAGGACGCGCCCCCAAAAUAGUGGUUUUCGACAAUCAUGGCACGCAGAUAGGCCAGACCAAGAAGCAGGCUAAAUGUGGCGACGGAGAAGAUCACUGCGUGGAAGUGGUCAAAAAAAUCAAGAAGCAGCCCGCCUACGCGAUGCUCCUCGGUCAGGACAAUCCCAUUUGCCUCGCUGCUGCCAGUGUCACAUACCCCAGCGGAGACAGGUAUGCAUGGGUUGGAAACUGGGCACACACUUGCAACAAGGCAUGGUACUUUUCCGACAUUGACGCUCACCACACCAACGGUUCUGUCAAGCUUCUUUGCGCAUGGUUGGGCUUUGAUGGCUACAAGAACAAUUACUCGACCGGCAUUCGAAUCCAUUUCCCCGAGUUUGCUAAGGGGUUUGCCGGUAAUGGAAACAAUGCGACCUAUUACUGCCAGCACAACAACACCGCCCUUGCCUUUUUCAACAACCGCGGCCCCAAGUACUUCAACGGCGACAAUGAGCAGGAGCACAGGGUCAAUGAAAAGGACAAGAAGGAGCAGGACAAGAAGAACAAGGGCAAGAGAUCUGCCGACAUGAAGACUCAAUCCGUCCGGUCUUACCGUGCUGCCCACUCGGCCAAGGUUUUGUGCGACAGCUCUAGUUCCGCGGGCCCAAGUCUUGUUUCUGUCCAUGAGCGAUCCUUCUGCCACAUGCCCGACAAGGUUCUUUACCACUUUUGCGAGGAUGUCUCUGUUGGUUCCUGCUGGGACCACAAGGCGCAUGCCUUUGGUGCCAAAGGUCCUCGCGCGAUGCAGGCUCGGGCUGCCUUGCCCGACGUCGAGUUCGAUAAGCCAACUGUCUGGGGGGGAAAUUAG